AUGUCUUCCAUCAGUCACCCAGGUCAUGAUCCCACCAUGGAGAGAGCUCCUGAAUACUCAUUUGGAGAGACCGAAUUUCCGAGUGCAGCGACCUGCUCCCCAGGUCCUCGAUACUUCAUUGUUUCAGCCAUCACCAAUACUGGAAAGCAUGUGCCUCAGACAGCACUGGUGACAGCACGUCCAAAGACCAAGAUUGCGGUCACCCCAGGACCCAGUGACUACACCACGGAACCUGCUAACAAACACAUCUACCAUUCUGCACGGGCAAAUAGCAUGUUUUCCCGGCCAAAGGACACAAAAGGUUCCCAAACGCCAGGUCCUGCUGCCUAUACCCUGCCCAGGGUUAUGGGACCCCGCACAGCGUCCACCCCUGCUGCACCAUGCUACUCUAUGACAUGGGAGAGUCAACACCAGAGCUGUUUUCAGGACAUGGCAAAGACUCCAGGUCCUGCGGCAUUUGCCAAAGUGGACCUAGAUGUUUACAAGCCCAAAGUUCCCAAGUUCACAAUGGGAAUUAAAACCAAAUCAUGCACCUGCUCAACGUGGUGCCUGUGUCACAGUGGCACAGGAGAGAUUUGCUGCACCGACUGCUGGAUACCG